AUGAAAUCAAACGAUCCGCAAAUUGCAGUUGAUGAAAUCUAUCAUCCUUUUCGUGAACAUGCCAAAACUUUGGCAGCCUUCGAUUUUAAGAAGUUAAAUCUUCCACCUGUUCGAGUGCGGGCCUCUACGUUUUCUUGUAGACGUCCUUCCGUCAGAAGUACUCUGGUUACGGACGUACAGAGGGUACGUAACUUCUCCCUGUCUAACCUUGGAAUCGAAAACAAAGGCGACAGCUUCCGAAACAGCUCUGAAAUCGUGGGGUCGCCCGGAAAAACAAAAUAUUCAAGAAGGAGAAGAAGCCUGAAGAAAGAACAGCAGUUUUACCCGAUCAGCGUGACAAUUGAUGAAAAUAGCGACGAUUUCAUAAGACCCAUAUGUAACAGUAUCGGAAAAGCCUAUAAUAGUAAAGGAGGGACUUUCAGAAUUAAAGUCAUCGGAGACAAAUUGGUUGGGAAAACCAUGAUGGUCAAACAGAUGACGACAUCGGAGUUCGUCGGACUUCAAGAAAUGACGGAAAAAUCUAAUUUUACCACAAUACCUGUGCACUUAGAUGGAGAGGAAUCCAUUGUUGAGUUGGAGGAGGUUGAGUUUUACGAGCCAUACAGACAUACCGUCUAUGUGGACGCUUUCAUAAUGAUGUACUCUAUAUCUGAUGAAGCCUCGUUCCUGUACGUUCUCCGCGAAGUUUCCCGACUGAGGGAAGCCCUGGACGUUGAUCGUCCUAUCAUCAUGGUGGCUAACAAAACCGACCUGAACCGAAACAGAGUGGUGUCUACUAAAGAAGGUAAAACUGCAGCACAAGUUUUUAGCUGUAAAUAUGUGGAGACAUCUGUUUCAUUUCAUGUGAAAAUUGAUGAACUUCUUGUUGCUUUGGUGCGACAAAUACGACUCACACUUGACCCUAAGACUAUAAAUGGAAAUGAGUACAGUAAAUUAAACAGACACAUUCCAAGAAGAUUCGUCAGAGCACGGACAUUGUUACACAGACUGUUUGGGAGGAAGUCAAAAAGCAGAAGGAAUAAAGAAGUUUGUGAAGAAAUAUUCAAAUUAUGACGAUUAAAUUGUAUAUUUCUGUGAUGAA